ACGUGACUGUAUCGUUUUUUCCACAAUUUGUAAUAAUUUCUUGCUGGGAUAUUCAAACAUUACUUCAGAAGAAAAUUUAUGCAAUCUCUGUCAAAAAAAUACAUAUAUAUAGUACAACAGAGUGAUAAUACGAUGUAUGUUUUCUUUUUCGUUUCCCCUGUGGGAACAUACGCCGGCGUUAAUACGCGGGUUUUCUGAGUUCUCGUGUUGCAUGGUAGGAGAACGACACAAUUUCAAAUUUUAACAAGAAAUCUUGAAAAAAACAAACCAUAUUUACACUUGAAGAAGUUUACGCUGAUAGAUAUCCGCAUUUUGCAGAAUCAUACAAAAUGACAGCCAAGAAGAAGCGAACGCCUGUCGUAGACAAUGACAGCUGGGUUGUCAUCGCUGCAGACUGCGCCAUCAACACACAGGUCUGCGACAGUGAAUCAACUUUUAUCAAAUUAAGGAAUCCAUCGACAGAUGCAGCAUCCCUGUACAUGUUGAGUGCAGGAGAAGAGCUGUAUGAGGUCAAAGCCUUUGAGGAAGAUUUCCACUCCUGGUUUGUUGGUCAGACUGUACAAAGAGAUGGAAGACUCCUGUUUGUGACACCAAUGGAUCCUCUUUUUCUCAUCUUGCCUUAUUUGAGCAAAUCUGGAAAAGAGGGAAAGUUCCAGCCUGUGGAUCAAAUUGUUAUGGACGAAGACUUCCCAGCAUGCCCCAGGCUGAUGACCUGCACACGGUCCCUGUCUUCCCUUCACCACAUUGCAGAAGAAAAGGAGGUGGGGGAGUUAAAGUUCCAUCGCUACAGUCAAGAGAAGACAAUGAUCUGGUUACAGAAAAAGGUGGAGAGAACAGUCGUUGCCCUAAAGAAUAAAGGUAUUUCAGUGGGUGAAGGCGUCAAGUCCACGACAUAUGUCAGAGUAAAGUUAGAGUCAGACUAUCAGGAAGAGGACUAUCUGCGUUAUGCCCAUGGCCUGAUAUCAGAGUACAUCAGUGAAGACCUGAGCAAAGCCCUCCUUAAACACCUACAAUUACCAGAGCUCACAAGUCCAAAAGAGACAGAACCUCCCUCUAAGAAAAGAAAACUUUCAGACAAACCAGUAGAGGCCGGAGAGGACUACACCAAAUUCAACAGUUCAGACUUUGCACGGAAACCGCCGAAGAAGAUGACGGCUGCUCAGAAAAGUCUGGCCAAGGUGGACAGGACCGGCAUGAAGCCCAUGUCGUCUUUCUUCAGCCCUAAGGCCAAAGCAGAAAAUAAGUGAUUAUUGUAUAGUUUGUUACCAUGCAUUUAUAAUAAAGACACAUUCAAUCUCA